AAAUUUCCGAACUUAUAACAACGACGACACGAUUUUUUUGACACAAGUUUUCGUUUGCGAUCAUGAGAUUGAAAUUUAUUUCCUUUUCAACCUACAUUUCCUUUCAUUAAUCUUGUUUAUUUGUAAAUUAACAGUCUAUCUUUACAACGAUUGUCGCCAGUAGCAUUCUGUGCAUUUCAAACGCAAGCGUCCGCCCGAUAGAAUCAAGAUAUUGCUUACGUGUGGCCACUUCUACUGGGAAUCUUGAACAUUCUACCUCUAGACUGCACAGGACUAUGAUAGUUUGAGUCCCGUGUGCGCCGUCCGUCUCAGCUCAGUUAUGAAUAAGAAACUAGCCCGAACGGGGCCGAGGAUCCGCGUGACGAAGCCUGCGAUCCGACCGAGGAGAGUGGACGACUCCAGUCUGUUGACUCGUCCCGUGGACGGUCUCUAUGAGGACCGCACCUUCAUCUACACCUGCCAGUACUGCCGGAUCAAGUUCACACACAACAGCUCGUACUUCCGCCACAUGACCACCAACCACGCCUCGCAGCAGCAACAGGCAACGUUCGAAUGUAACAACUGUCAAAUAAUAUUCACUAAAAAAAGCAACCUCGAUAUGCAUCUGCAGACGCACCAUCAGUUGAAGAGCAAGUCUCGGUGCGACUCCUGUUCCAUCACGUUCAAGUCACGCUACUGUUUGCGGAGACAUAUGAUGCUGAAGCAGCUGAUGCAGGAGAAUACGUGUAGAAAGUGUCAGAAGAAAUUCACGAGUAAGGAGGGGCUGUCAAAGCACUAUCAGAACAAGCAUAUGUUCAAAAAUGUUACGUUUCAAUGUGACUUUUGCUCUCUCAAUUUUAAAGCGAAUGAAUCGUUGAUCACUCACCUGAAUCGUGUUCAUAAGAAGUUAUGAUUUGUUAGUUAGGGUUGUAUUCAUUUAUUUCUUUUCUUUAUUAAGCUUUGAAAUAUUUUUUGAGUUACAGAUCUGAUGUGGUUGUUGUAGCCUAGUAGAUGUGUCAAGUUUUAAUAGCACUGACGCUGAGUAACUGAAAGGAACUUAAAGCUAAUUUCGGCAUUAAAUGUAUGUAGUGUCUAUAAAACAAGGCAGCCAUACUUUUAAGAUAGACAUUAGCUUUUUUAAAGUAUUUUUCUACAACUCAGCAUGAAUCAGUGAGGAACAGAUCUAAGCAUUGAAUGGAUAUAAAGCUCCCUUCAGAUUAUUAUCAUAUUCAAUUUAUAGAAAGCAUUAUGAUAUCACAUUUGAUAUUAUUAAUAAAUUUUUAGGGGUAUAUAAAGUCUUGGCAGAGUCUAGUAGGCUAUGAUAUUACAUUAUUUAUAUGAUGUUUUGAAGACAUGUAUCAAAGGAAUUUCUGUGUUCAUUACUUUUUGUCCUUAAAAUGGUGUAAAGCAAUAAUUAUGCUGGUACAUAUUGUAGGGUACUUAUUAUGAUGACUUUCUUAAGUUACCAUAGUUUAUUGAGAUUAUAAACUUGUACAGAAUACAUUGUUCUAUAAGUAACUA